UCCGUUUGAAUAUUAGCUGGUAGAACAGGUUCUUUUUUAGUUCCCGUGCUUCUUUUGUGAUUGGAUUGCUUAAUUUCAGUGAGAAUGUUAAAACUGUUUAUCUUGAAAUAUAAGUCAGCCACACCAUAUUCCGAGUGAGCAGAACCGACCUGGACAGUUCAGCUUCUAAAGAAAUUGGAAUCUAAGAGCCACAAAGCAGGAUAACCACACUGAGAAUGGGAUCACUGUUGAUUAACGAGAUGCGAAUGUUGAUCCCUUUCUUCAUAACUGCCUGCAUCUACAUAGUCAUCAGCCAGGACUCUUCGAUUUCACUUUGGGUGCGGGCACCGAGCAAAGUCUUGCCAAUCAUCUGUUUGUGCAUUUUGAUUCUGAGUUAUGGAAAAGGGUUCAUACAUCAUCACCACAAAGUUUGGAAACUACUCGCAGGCCUCUUCUUUUCAGCAAUGGGUGACUUGCUUCUGGUCGAGCAGAAUCUUAAGAUUUUCAUUGGAGGAGCGGCAAUGUUUGCUCUAGCCCACUGCGCCUACACGUGGGCCUUCGGAUUCGAGACCCUGAACCUUCGAGCAGGAGGGUUCGUUGCUACUGCGGUCGCUCUGGGCUUGGGCAUUCUCAGCAGGUGCUCCACCACACUUGACCUCCUGCUGCUCAGCCUCUACUGCAGCCUGAUUGGGGUCAUGGCUUGGCGGGCCAAUGCGGAGAUCCUGUUUCACCAGAAGAAGUCUCCGGCGAAGCUGGUCGGCGCAGUAGGAGCCUGGUUCUUUAUGGUAUCGGACCUGACAUUGGCUGUAAACCUGCUGUGCUUUCCUGUGCCAUUUCAGGAUGUAAUUGUCAUGACCACCUACUAUACAGCACAAAUGCUUAUUACCAUGUCUAUUGUAAAAGUUAGCAACAACAAGAAUGACUAGGUUGCCUCUGUUUAGUUACGCAAUAGAGAUUUCUUUUGAUGUUACAGUGCAUUUGAUACUUUUAGCAAACACCGAUGGAUUAUAAAUAUUUAAUACAAAUCUCCCACUUGUUACCUGUACAUAUACCAAUAGAGUCAUAGAUCUAUAGGGUUCUAUAGCAUAGAUACAGAUGUUUCGUCCCACUGUCUUGUGCCUAUCUAUACUAAUCCUAUUUGCCUGCUUUAAUUCCAUAUCCCUCUAUGUUCUGCUCUUUCAAGUAUCUGCCCAGAUGACUUUAAAUUUUCCGACUGUUCCCUGCCUGCACCACCUCCUCUGGCAGUUCAUUUCAUAGGCCGACUGUUCUUUGGGUGAAAUAUUUCCCCUCGGAUCCCUAUUAAACCUCUUCCCUCUCACUCUAAACACAAGCCCUCUACUUAUAGGCAGCCCUACCCUACAGUUUUAUAUGCCUCUCUUUCGUGCCGAUUCUCAGCCUUCUUCGUGGCAGGGACAGCAGACCUGUACUACCUAAGCAGAAUGCUGGAGGAAGUCAGCAUCUAUGGAGAGACAUUUCAGGCUGAGGCCCUUCAUCAGGACUGAUUUAAACUUCUUAAGGGUAGGCACCCUUGGAAGAGACUUUGCAGAGUAGCAGUCCAAUCACAUUAUACCCACACUCUCAAUAUAACUCAGGUCCUUCAAACCAAGAACACUCUUGUGAAUAUUUUCUGCGCCCUCUCUAGCUUGACCGCAUCUACGAGGGGUGAUUGAUAAUUUGGAGGCCUAUGAUAGAAGGAGUCAAUUUUAGAAAACCUAGCACAUUUAAUUUUCCUACAUUUACACACUUAGUCCAGCAGUCGUGGAGCAUACGGAUCCCUUCUUUGUAGAAGUCGGCGUCUUGGACCUCCAGAAGUGGUCCACAGCAGGGGUGAUUGAUAAGUUCAUGGCCUAAGGUAGCAGGAGAUGAGUUAUUAACUUCAAACUUUCUGCAUUUUCACUCAAAGAGUUGAGCUGCAUGUGCAUGUAACGGGAGCUGUAUAACUCAUCUCUCUCUACCUUAGAUGCUCUCGUUACAUGCAUGUGCAGUUCAACUCUGAGUGAAAAUGCAGAAAGUUUGAAGUUAAUAACUCAUCUCCUUCUCCCUUAGGCCACAAACUUAUCAAUCACCCCUGCUGUGGACACUUUCUGGAGGUCCAAGAUCCGUAUGCUCCAUGACCACUGGAUUAAGUGUGUAAAUGUAGGAGGGGACUAUGUUGAAAAAUAAAUGUGCUAGGUUUUCUAAAAUUGACUCCUUCUACCUGACGCCACAAACUUAUCAAUCACCCCUUGUAUAAUGCGGCAAUGGGAAAUGCACACAAUAUGGCUUAGCCAACGUUUUGUUUAGCUGUAACGUCAUGUACCAACUCUUGUGCUUAAUGCCUCAACCAGUGAAGGCAAGCAUGCCAGGCACCAUCUUCAUAGACAAAACAAUACAGCACAGUACCGGCCCUUCGGCCCACAAUGUUGUGCCGACCCUUAAACCCUGCCUCCCAUAUAACCCCUCACCUUAAAUUCCUCCGUUUGUGUGUACCCCUCAGUCUCUGUUCAACUAACCUGGGUAACCUUCCCGAAAUGCAUCACUUUGCGCUUGUCUGAAUUAAAUUCCAUUUGCUACUUCCUACAUUGUUGCAUCCUUUGACAACCUUCUUCGUCGUCCACUGAGCCACCAACUUAACAGAUAUGGGAACAGUGGACCCAGCAUCAAUUCCUGCGGCACACCACUGGUCACAAGCCUCCAAUCUGGCAAACACCUCUCCACUACCACCCUCUGAUUCCUUCCACCGAACCUAUUUUGUAUCUAAUAGGCUAGCUCACCUGGGAUCCAUCCAGGUCAGUUUACGUAUACAGAACGUCAUCAGAGGCCUUGCUGAAGUCCAUGUAGCCCAUGUUAUUUCACUUGGGCCACCUCUUCAAACAGCUCAAUCAGAUUCUUAAAGAAAGAUUUCUCACACAAAAAGCCCAACUGAUUGUUCCUGAUCAGUCUUGGUCUUUCCGAAUUCAAAUAAAUUCUGUCUUUCAGAAUCCCUUCCAAUAGCUUUCUGAAGUAAGGUUCCCUGGUGCCCUCCUUAAAUAAGGACACAGCAUCAGCUAUGCUCCAGCCUUCUGGCACCUUGCGUGUCUUCUUAACUCCUACAUCCACGGAAACUCAGUUUGAUAAAUGGGGAAUUGUGUGUACAGUGUGCACAAGAUCAUGUUCAUCCAUCAGUCUUCUUCCUUUGUAAGGCUGGAAAAGUGGGAAUACUCAAGAUUAAUAACUUUGAAACUUUGGCAUCUUUGGUCUUGUUUUAUUAUUUACCCAACUUAUCCCUCGCUGUCCAACAACUGCCUUCAUCUAACAAGCUGGAUUUCAAAUGCAAGAUCUUAUCCAAUUUGUACAAGUCUAUUUCCUAUCCUAUAAUUUGUUCUCUUUGAAUUUUGUUGCCAAUAUAAUUAAAAGAGACUUUUUUUACCUCUGUUAUCAGAACCCCAUGAUAGUGCUGGCAACAUAAGGUGCAGAAUACAAAAUGAAAUAUAUAAACUAACUUUGUGAGUGGUCCUAGAGCCAUUCAUGGUUCAGGACAAUAUAACUUGGGUGUGGUUACUUUCUCUUUAAGGAGGGACAUUCUUGCUAUUGAGGGAGUGCAGCGUAGGUUAACAAGGUUGAUUCCUGGGAUGGCGGGACUCAUAUGUUGAAAGAUUGGAGCGACUGGGCUUGUAUACACUGGAAUUUAGAAGGAUGAAAGGGGAUCUGAUUGAAACAUAUAAGAUUAUUAAGGGAUUGGACACGCAAGAGGCAGGAAACACAUUCCCGAUGUUGGGGGAGUCCAGAACCAGAGGCCACAGUUUAAGAAUAAGGGGUAGGCCAUUUAGAAUGGAGUUCAGGAAGAACUUCUUCACCCAGAGGGUUGUGGAUCUGUGGAAUGCUCUGCCUCAGAAGGCAGUGGAGGCCAAUUCUCUGGAUGCUUUCAAGAAAGAGUUAGAUAGAGCUCUUAAAGAUAGCAGAGUCAAGGGAUAUGAGGAGAAGGCAGGAAUGGGGUACUGAUUGUGGAUGAUCAGCCAUGAUCACAUUGAAUGGUGGUGCUGGCUCGAAGGGCUGAAUGGCCUACUCCUGCACCUAUUGUCUAUUGUCUUCAUUGUUCUGGCUAAUAAUCUGGUAGGUGCUCAUGCAUAAACUUGUUGUGGGUUUUUCUUCUCUUUUCUCGGCAAAUCUAAAAUCUUACUUUGUGUUACCUCAUCUUUAUUAUGAUAUAUUACAGUGAAGAUAGAUUGCAAAAAUAGUUUGUAAAUGAAUUUUGCUAAAUAAAGAAUCAAAUUUGGUGAA